AGUCGAGGUUUGAUCGCGGGUGGACGUUUCGUUGUCCGCGUGCUGUGCAAAUUGCGUGUUUCUUCCUGAACUCCUACCCGCUAGCAUAUCACACAGAGCAAGAACGGUGUGAGAUAUUCGCUCGUACAUAGGUACCUACUACUAUUUACGUGCUGUAUUGAAAGAAAAAGAGUGUGUAUCAAAAGAAAGUUGAAGCAAAGGAGAUGUUGCUUCUCGGUGGUAGAAUUUGUGGAUUGAUAUUUUUCUGCUGCUACGGAAUAGGUGGUAAUAAUUGGUAAUUGCGCUAUUGGGAUAGAAUUCCGGAAAUCCUGCUAUUGGUGGAGUACUUGAUUAAAGUGUAGAGUGGAAAGUGAUUUUUGAUCUCUCGAAAAAAAUAAUUAAAAGGCCUGCUGUGUUAGACCGUGGAGAGGAUACAUGAAAUUUUAGGUUUGUGCGAAAAAAGUGAACGCAUUUUGAUGAAUAUUGAUUAACCGCAUGUGAAGUUUUCUUUGCGUGGAUAUCAGAGUGAUCCAUCGUCGAUAUAAUAUAGAGAAUGGCAUUUAGUUAUGCUUUUUAACGUUAUAUCGCAUACUAUUAGCGAAGUUGUGGCAGCUGUGGUGGAGUUAAAUGUGCUACAAGAAUUGUACACACAUACCAGUGUAAAUGUCAAUGAAUAACAUCACACAGUAGAACAGCAGACAAGGCGAUCGCGUCACAUGCGAGUUUGAGCUUUCUACCAUGCAGCAAACCUGGUAGUGUGGUGAGAAGGCAUAGAACAACAAAUAAAAACUUGUUGCGUUCUUCCACUCCGACUCGUUUCUUGAUUAUAUCAACAUAUUUAUGUGCGCAAAUGGUGUUAGUAUUCCGUCAACGAACCACUGAUGAAUCAAGUUGAAAUUAGGGAAUUUCUAAAAGGUGAUUGGACCGUACGAUCAAUACACAACCGAGCAGUAGAAGUAAAACCAUUUUGUCAUAGAUAAAUAUUGGUCGCUAGAACGACAGUGCAAAUUUGAUUAUUCGAUAGUGUUUGGCUUGGUUCAACAUUUUUUGAGUCUGAGCCAAUCGUAGAAUCGUCAAAAACAAGAACGUAUGUUAACGGGAGAAAAACAGGAACACGACAAAGUGACCCUGAGACCCUAUCAUAUUCGAGCCAAUCAAGCUGGGCACAGUUCCGUGAAAUUGUUUGGUGCCUGGUAAGCAAGAAUAAACGGAAAAAGUGCCUCGAUAUAAAAAAGGUGUACCGGAUGUCGAGCAGUGAAAACCGGUGGUAGUGGAAUAGAUUCAAACCGCGAGCUGUUUGAAUAAAGAAUAAGAGACCGAAACUGCCGGUAGAGAACAAGGACCAGCAGAGCCCAGCAAUCUGGCGUUUUUUUGUGUGUCGGGGAAACAACGCUUGUCCUCUGAUUCUUCGGAUGUGAAUGUAAGUGGUACCACCUUUGCAUGUAUCAUAGGACCAGAGCAUCCUCCGUUCACUAUCCGAUCGCUAAGAAGACCAAGGACUCCAACCAUGGGAUGAUGGGAAUGCAAGCGGAGCUCGGUGGUCCACCGUUGCAAUCGGUAUCGUCAAUGAUGGCCACUAACGGUGGUGCUCCUUCGAACGGAAACAUGAACCUACUGCCCGGUCAGGGAGGAAUUCACCAUCAUAUUGGUCCGCCGCCGCAUCUGCAUCCUUCUCAACCACCACCUCCACCAGGUCACCAGCAACAUCAGCAGCAGCAGCAACAACAGCAACAACAACAGCUGAGUAGUGGCCGUUCCGGUGGUACGGCACGGGAGCGAGCGAUGCAUGCCGUCGAGUACUACAACAGCAACGUGCUAAGGGCUCGUGUCGGUGCCGGGCUUGCUGGACCGCGAAACUCAGUUCACGAUCGUUAUCCCUACAUCCAGCGACAUCUCGGGAUGAAUGGAGGAAAUAAGUUGGUUCCACCUACAUCGGAAAACCUGUAUAGAAGUAACUCAAGCUUGGAGCUAAUUCACGAUCACAGCGGUAGCCACGAUGGACUACAUCCCGGCGGGAGUAAUUUGCGGAGGGAGUACGGAAGUCACGGUUCGAUUGAUGUGAUCUCGUCCGAUCGGCAUCACGUGGGACAAUCGACGGGUGAGAGUUUCCUGGCGAUGCUGGCCGAAUACAGACCGGCCGUGUUUGGAAUGGAUCACACACAUCAUCAUGUAGUAGGACAUCAUACACAUCACGAUAGUCGCAAUGGCGGUAUAUCUUCCGGGGAGGAUAGUUUGGAUCGGGGUAACGCGAGUCCUAAGUUAAGAAUGAAAUUCAACCGAUUGUGGUCGUCUUCCGGUGGUCAAACUGGUAAGGCUGGACGUGCUCAACAGACACAAAGUGCUUCACUGGAAGAUCCGUCGAUGAGCGCAAAUGUUUCGAUGCUGUCCAAUGUGAGUGCGUCCUCGACUACGACGGUUUCGUCGGCUGACAUCGAAGAACGUCAACGGAGGAGAGCGUUUGCCCAUUUCGAUUGUCAGUCGCUAACCGCUAAUUUGGGUUACGCUGCUAAACUGAGAGGAUUGCUGUUGGCUAGAAGACGGAACACUACGACGGGUGCGUCGGCAGCAGCAACUUAUGGAACGAGGUCUUCUACUCCGGACGGAGAAAGCAUAGAUGAAGACUAUGGGGAUGGGCAAGGGAACGAGUUGCUGGAGAGCUGUCCAUUCUUCAGAAAUGAAAUUGGUGGAGAAGAGGAACGCGAGGUUAGUUUGACAAGGAUGCAAAAUCCGCUUCCGGUCGGUCAGCAGAGACGAGCAAUUCAUCGACCUUUGCUAGCGUACGGUGUCUCCGUACUUGAAUGUAGCCCGAAUGAAACACUCUGGAAGGCAAAUACUUGUCCAUAUCAGAGAGGUCCUCGUCCCAUCGAACAAAUCGACAACGGUGCUCUGUACUAUCAUCAGUUUUUCUUCGGUCAAGAACAUCAAAAUUGGUUCGGAAUGGAUGAACAGUUGGGCCCGGUGGCGAUUUCGAUCAAAAAGGAAAAACUGCCACCAAGUUUAACACCCACGUUGACAAUCCACGGAACAGAUGUAACACCCGCCGCAGGACAAACUCAGCAACAUCUUUACAGGUUGAUCGUACGCACCUCGGAGUUGUUGACACUUCGUGGAUCAGUCAUCGAGGACUCCAUUCCGAACCCGCGCGGAUCGGGCAAACAUGUUAGUACCAAAGAAAUUCUGGAAUAUGUAGCGCCAGAAGUACAAAUAAGUUGUUUGAGGUUAGGCGUCAAUACGCCACAAUGUGAACAGCAGCUGUUGAAGCUUGACGAACAGGGUCUGACCAAUAAGUAUAAGGUUGGCAUUCUGUACUGCCGAGCGGGACAAUCGUCCGAGGAGGACAUGUACAACAACGAAGACGCAGGUCCCGCGUUCAACGAAUUUUUGGACACCAUCGGAAAACGUGUCCGAUUGAAGGGUUUCGAACACUACAAAGCCGGACUGGACAACAAAACGGACUCCACAGGGACUCACUCGCUGUACGCCAACUACCAGGAUUGCGAGAUAAUGUUCCACGUUUCCACCAUGCUUCCUUUCACACCGAACAACAGACAGCAGCUGUUGCGCAAACGUCACAUCGGGAACGAUAUCGUAACGGUCGUUUUCCAGGAACCCGGGGCUCUUCCCUUCACUCCAAAGAACAUACGUAGCCAGUUUCAGCACGUGUUUAUUAUUGUUCGUGCGGUGAAUCCCUGCACGGAUCACACCCAGUAUCGGGUGGCCGUGUCCCGGUCAAAGGAAGUACCCGUGUUUGGUCCCCCUGUUCGAGCGGGAGCUCUCUACGCCAAAAGUAAGCACUUUGCCGAUUUCCUACUAUCGAAGGUGAUCAACGCUGAAAAUGCAGCCCAUCGGUCGGAGAAAUUUGCUACGAUGGCAACUAGAACGAGGCAGGAGUACUUGAAGGAUCUUACGAGCAAUUACUGCAGUGCAACACUGGUUGAUACCGGACAGAAGUUUUCGAUUUUCCCGAGUAAAAAGCGGGAAAGGAGUAAGCCUAGAUUUUCCGGAGAUCUAACGCAAAGAGGGGCUUUCUGUUGGCAGGUCGUUCUGCAUGACAGUGGCCAAUCGACGCAGGUUGAUUGCUUCCUGGGAAUUUCGGCGGAAACGUUCGUACUGAUCGAAGAAUGCUCACGACAGAUCAUCUUUGUAACUCCGUGUAAGGCAGUUCUCGGUUGGUCAACGAGUCAGAAUUCACUUCGUGUUUAUCACCACCAGGGUGAAUGUGUAACGCUGAAUAUGAGAGAUUCGGGAGACCGUGAUGAGCAGUUGGAGGUUAUUGAGAGGCUGCGAGCUGUCACCAAUGGUUGUGGGGCUUUGGAGCUAGGUCUGCGAAGGAAUCCGAUGGGCCAGUUAGGUUUCCAUGUGCAACCGGAUGGUGUUGUGACACAAGUUGAGAUCUCCGGACAGGCUUGGACUGCUGGUCUGAGACAAGGUUACCGGUUGGUGGAAAUUUGCAAGGUUGCCGUGGCUACCUUAUCCCAUGAUCAGAUGGUAGAUUUACUGAAAACUUCAGCCCAGGUCACAGUAACGGUGAUAGAAUCAUUUGCGGACUUUAGUCCACGCAGGGGCUGCUCCCUGCAGAAUUGUCGCUUUAACUCAAUGAACUACGAAAGUGAUUAUGAUAGUGUUCCGGAACGAACAGAUAAAAAUGGAAAGAAACAUUUACCAAGUGCUCAGCUGCAAUCGGCAAACCACCGAAGAAGAUACGUAAGGAAUUUCUCGCCGCCGCGGUCCAGUAACAGUUCCGGCUACGGUACUGGAAGCAGCAGCAGAUCCUUCACCGCUCUGAACCCGAAUGGUAUCCCACCGAUCGAACACCGGUACUGCCCGGAUAUGGGAACACUCACCAGCUCCUCCAGUGGCCACUCUUCCAACGACGAACGCUGGUAUGAUGUCUUAGAUCCACAGCAAGAAGCCGCUCCCACGUCUAUGCCAACUUCGUCGGAGCAAAACAUCUAUCAUCAUCCAAAGUUAACAUCUUCCAGUAAUUCGCUACCCCUUGCGGGAGUAACUCCCCGCCCUCUUUCCCUACACAACGAUUCACGCCAGCUGGUGGUGAACAACGCAAAUAACAACGCCAACAUCGCUCUACUCAAGCGAUUAAUUAUAAGCGAGAAUAAUGGACACGAAAACAAUUCCGCCGCCGAACCCCUAUAUAGCAGUUCCAUGAAAAAUCUUGCCAACAACCAGCACCUGAGUGCGACGGAGGAUGAAGACCUGUCGCGACACAACUCACCCCAGCUUAAACGAUCCGCAACGACAACAAACAUCUACGGGAUCAACGGUGGGAAGAAAGCUGCAUCGAACGGCCCAGCCAGUUCCAGCAGUACGUCAAGUUCCCGAAACAACAGUCCGCGCCCGAACAGCGGAGUCAUUGAUACCAAACUGCGCCAGAAAAGUGCAGCUCCCCAACGAAACAGUGUCAACUACACGGGCAGCUCUCUGCAAGAGGACCUGAUGAAACUAAUCAAUCCGGACUAUAUAGCUGCCGCUUCCAGUGACGAUAACUUCAAUGUGGGAUCAAUCGAAAAAAUGCAGAAGGGUCACCCGAAUAGUCACAGUUUGGGAAAUAUCUCCUCGCUGGCUUCUGCCAGCGGACUGAAACCAAUUCAACAGCUAACGCAAAAGUCUCGUUCGCGAGAGGGAAUAAAUUUGGGUUCUUCCAACAAUUUGAAGGUGGCCAAAAAUAAUGGAACCAUGAAUGGUGGUGCCAAUGGGCAUCAAUCCGAACAGGAGUCGGAUGUGAUUUUUACAACGGCACGCCCAGCCACGGUUAUAUCUAGCAACUGUUCCAGUCCAGCCAGCGAACUGAACAAUAAUUCCAGCAAAUUGCACAUCAACGAGGAUCAUCUGAAAAUGUCACCCAGCCGGAAGCAGCAAAUGAUGGCAGCGGCGGCGGUGGCUAGCGGCAUUCUGAAGAACAGUAUGAUGGCUAAUGGCGGUGGUGGAAGCUCGGCAGCUGGUGGAAGUUCGGCUUCUGGUGGAAAGAUUCCACUGCCCGAUAUGAAGGAAAUGGACUGGACUAGUUUGGUGGAUACGGCGACCAAGGCGAUGACGCAGCUCACCGAAUCCGGCUCCAAAUCCCACCCGCAGGCAAACGUCUACUACGACGACAUCAGCCAGGUCCUGAACGGGGUCGUCCAACAACAGCAGCAACUACAACAGCAGCAGCAACAGCUCCAACACCUUAAACAGCAACAACAGCUGCAACAGGCGGCUGCGGUUGCAGCCCAUCACAACGGCACCGGAACACCUGCCCUGUCGGAUCUCUCCUCCAAUUCCAGUUCAACCUCACCGGUGUCCAUCGGUAGCGGAAACAGUGGACAUCAGAUGCAGAACAGUUCCAGCCUUCCGGAGCUGCAGAGCCAGGUGACGCAACUGUCCGAUCGGGUACUGCGCGAACAGCGCCGGAGACGAUCCCUGGAACAUGCUGUCCGGCGGUUGACCGAGGAAAAUCGACGUCUACAGGACGAAAGUCAGGCCGCCGUUCAGCAGCUGCGUCGCUUCACCGAGUGGUUCUUUCAAACCAUCGAUCGGCAGUCCUAACUGAACUCGCGGGACUGAAACGUGUUUAGCCAAUAGCGUCUUCCAAAGUUUUGCACCGAUUAUCAGCUGUGCGCAUCGGCAAACCGAUUAUUGACAAUAUUUUUAUUGUGACGACUUUGUUUCCUUUUAAAAGCGACAUUCUGUUAACGAAAUAAAACUAAUCUUUCGUUUAAUUAUUUACUUUAAAACUGCUUAGUAAGCUAACGAAAUAAUUUAAUUAAAAACUGUAGCGACCAUCAAUCAAUGAUCAAAAGUGUAUCUCUUAAGUGACCAAAAAUGUAAUGUUAGUGAACGAUAAUACAAGAAACCGUAAUCAAAACAUACAAAAUGCAACACCAGUCUUAUUAGAAUUGUUAGGUCGAACGGAAUCGACAUAUUUAUACACUUUUUCUACUUACCGCACUCGACGGUUAGCGGUUAUUUUCUCUAAAUAAUAUCACAAACAUAACGAACAUUUAAAUCAAAAAUCACACUAAUAACCUAUGAAGUAUGCGAAUUUAAAAAGAAAGAAUACAUUAGACACAUCAAAACUCGUAAAAAUAGAUCGAACAGAACAGAAACGGAAACAUACCAAAUAAAGUCUUAAAUAGUUUGUGUAAAAUUUGUUAGAUUGAAUUUUACUUUCGUGUUAAUUGUGUAUAAUUAUCCUUAUUAUUAAUAUUAUUGCUACUAUCGUCUUAGGUUGUUGUUAAACUCCAGCAGAGAAUAAUGUGUAAGCUAUUUUACUUUAUUGUGUUCUGUAAUAGCGUCCUUAACUGUUCUGUUAAGUUACUUAACCGGCAAACGAUAAUUUGUUAUUUCCCGCCUCCGUAAUAUUAGGAUGAUCUAUUUACUUAGUUCUAAACGUGUGGAAAACCAUUCUUACUCGGUCAAUCGCUGCUAAGUACUUUAUAGUGUAUGUUCGGUUGGAAUCAAGCUAGAGAAAUCUUCAUGCGCUAUAUUCAGGCAAUGUUACACAAUAUAAGCAACCAGACACCAAUACAACAUUUCGUGUACACAAAUAGUAGUAGAGUGCGUUAUUAUUAUAAUAUUAUAUUAUAUACAAAUAUAAGUACAUACUAUACUUCGAUAAAAUCCUGAAAUAUAAAGUAAAAAGUUAA